CCAAAUCGCGAGCAAAUUGAUAUCAACCAGAUUUUAUUAAACAAUUUUGCGACAUCCACGUAAGCCGACCAGAUUUAGUAAUCAGUUUUCGCGAGAUAUUGUGUCAACAACUAUAGAGAUUUUUGACAACUUUAACGUUCAAGCAUUGUCUCCAAGAAAUAUUUUACAUAAAUAUGACACCGUUUUCGAUCAUUGUUCCACUGUUUUUAAUUGAGAUACUUUCACUUCGUCUUGUUUGUCCAAAAACCAUCAAAGGAACUGUGAACAGUUACCAAGCCAGGCAAGAAAAGGGCCUCUACCUAUCCUCGUUUUGUUUUCAUGGAGAUGGGGCUCUGCUGUACACUUUCAACACCACUGUACGAACCUCUGCACACUUUUACAUGUUUCUGAAGGAGGAUUGGGAAAACAUUCUUCCAGACACAGACUGUGUAUCACGGUUUCAACAAGCUAGAUCAGUCUAUGAGGUUACAUCUUCUUUCGGCAAUCAAACUGUCACAAACUUUGCCACUCCUCGGGUGUGGUAUAUAGUGUUUGCAGACGCACACACCUGCCAGGAGUACCCACUCUCCGACCUGGAUGAUGAUAAACUGAACUACCUGUACUAUGACAUACAGCUGCUCAACCCUGAUGCCUUGGGAAAUGCCAAAGAACAUUUUAGCGAUGAGGAAACAGGUUUGUUGAGGUUCUACCAGCUUCUGGCUCUGGCCUACUUUGUCCUGGGCUGUAUCUGCGUGCCCCGUCUCGUUGAACCUUUCAGUAGCGGGGGACCCAUGCAGCUUGUGAUCCAGCUGCUCAGUGUCAGUACAGGGCUACAGGCGGUCGGCGCCUUCAUCAUGAUGAUGCACCUGAGAAAAUAUUCCAGGGAUGGAAUUGGAUCACCAAUGUUUGAAAUGCUCUCCGAAUUUUUUGAUGUGCUCUCCCAGUUUGCCAUGCUGUACAUGUUGCUGAGUUUGAGCCUGGGCUGGACCCUGGGGACCACACAGCGCCACAAUACACACCUGAAAAUGAUACGCAAGAAACCGGCUGCAAAGGUGGUCGCAAUAUUGGCUGUAAUCCAGGGCAGCCUGUUUCUAUGGGAGCAGUACCAGGACCAGACUCACAGAUUAUACCACGCCCACCGGACACUUGCAGGCUCUGCCCUCCUGGUUCUACGUAUAGUGCUAGCGGGGUUGUUUGGGUGGAACCUUUACACCACAGUGUCCAGCGAGCGUAGUAUUAUGAAAAGAGAGUUUUAUGUAUCAUUUACAAAGAGCUGCAUGCUGUGGUUCCUGUCAUACCCAGUGAUUGUGAUUGUGGCCGGGCUCUUCUCAGAAUAUCUUAGAUACAAAAUAAUUACAAUGUCUGUGGUGUUAUGCCAGUCCUUAGCAGUGGUGCUCCUAUACCGGCUGUUCUUGUCUCGCAGUCUCUACUGGGAGGUGUCCGCUCUCUCCAGCACGCUGCCUCUGAGAAUGGACAAGACCAUGAGCCUUAAAAUAUACUCCUGAUCUUCCUAUAUAUGAGCCAUGCUCUGUUAAAAGGAGGUUAAUGCAUGUGUGUAAAGUGUCAUCCCAGAUUAGCCUGUCCGCACAGCUAAUCAGGGACAAAAAAUUCCGCUUAAAAAUGAUUUUUGCAUAAAAGAGACUUCCUUAAAGCGAAAAAUAUCAUUAAAGCGGAAAGUGUCGUCCCUGAUUACGCACAUGCAUUAAACCCCCUUUUCUCAGAGCACAGCCCAUUUGUAUAUAUAUAUAUACUGUUCAAUCAUUAAUGUUUGUGGGACAUUAAAUUUUGUUAGAUUCUCUGAGAAUUUACAAGAUAUCUAACGAUAUAUUUAUAUAUAUAUAUAUGUACUGAUCUGCAUAUUUUCAUGUACUGUAAAGUCAUUAUUAUUUGUUGGACAUAACUUGUCGUUUAUAUACUGUUAUCAUUAUAAAUGUAAAUAAUUAUUGAUGUGAACAUGUUUUUCAUUCAUAUACUGUUAAAUUAUAAAAAUUUGUGGUCUAAGGAGCUUUGUUGAUACGACCCCUGAUCUGCUAAUGUUUAUUAGCCUUUUGUGGUCUAAGGAGCUUUGUUGAUACGACCCCUGAUCAGCUAAUGUUUAUUAGCCUUUGGUGGUCUAAGGAGCUUUGUUGAUACGACCCCUGAUCUGCUAAUGUUUAUUAGCCUUUUGUGGUCUAAGGAGCUUUGUUGAUAUGACCCCUGAUCUGCUAAUGUUUAUUAGCCUUUUGUGGUCUAAGGAGCUUUGUUGAUACGACCCCUGAUCUGCUAAUGUUUAUUAGCCUUUUGUGGUCUAAGGAGCUUUGUUGAUACAACCCCUGAUCUGCUAAUGUUUAUAAGCCUUUUGGGGGGAAAAUCAGGGCUUGAUGCAUGUGCACAGGCUUAUAAGGGAUAAUAGUUUGUGAUUAACCCUUUGCAUGCUGGGAAAUUUUUCAUCUGCUAAAAUGUCUUCUGCUGAAUUUCUAAAAUUAGCAUUUUCUUCGAUUUUGUUUCAAAGAAUACUAUCAGAAUAGCAAACAGUUUGGAUCCUGAUGAGACGCCACGUUCUGUGGCGUCUCAUCUGGAUUCAAACUGUUUGCAAAGGCCUUCAAAUUUCGGUUCCAGCACUGAAAGAGUUAAAUCAAACUUUUUGUUUAAAUGCAGUAUCUUUAAAACAAAAAUCCACUCUUAGCAGAAAGUGUCAUCCCUGAUCAGUCACUUCAGACUGCCAUGGCUAAUUGAGGGUAAAACUUAACACAUUUGCAUGUAGCCUUGUUUUCCUAUAGUGCGAUUGGUAGUUUACAUAAUUCAUGUACCAUGUUAAUUCUCAUCAUACCAUAGAUUGCAAGCGUUUUUGUAUUUUACACGAGUUUUGUGUUAAUUAUGCCCAAGGUUGCAGAUGUUAAUGUAUUAUACAAUGUAUAUAAUUAUGUAAAUACUUGUUAUUUAUUCUAUAAGGUAAAUGGCUAUUAUGUCCAGAUGUUGUUUGUUUUUGAGAUUGUUCAGACUCAUAUUUUGAUAUUUUAUGUUGUCCUCGCUGAUAUUUUGUGAUCUGCUGUUAAUUGUUAGAUAUUCAAAAGGCCUUUCUUCAGAAAUGUGUUAAGGCAAAAACCCGCAGUUGGCAAUUGCUUUGAUUAGUUAAAAUUAAUGUUCUAUAUUAAGUUAUAAAUUACUUUAGAGCUAAAACUAGCACAAAGUAUGUUGAUAUGUAGAACUAGUAGACACAGGGGUACGCCAGGUUUGGACAUUUGAUACACCUGUACUUUAACCCUUCACCACUUAUAAAUGAAUUUUCACGCAUUUGUAGUCCCUUGGAAAGUUAUACUUAAUUUAAGAUCUUUCUAACUAAAUUCAAGUUUUUAAGGCUACAUCUUAAAAUCUUAGAUACUGAUACGCAUCUUAUAACAGCAUAAAACCUGAACAGACUGCGAGUUACUUCCAGGCUGUUCUGGUUUUGUGCUGUUUGCACAUGGCCAUUUUCUUUUUCCUUGUUAGUCCGAAAGGGAUAACAAAUUGCAAUAGGUCUGAUUGAUAACCGAGGUGUAUGUGACUCAUUUGGGGUACAGUAAAUGUCUGUUUGUUGCAAGAAAUCUGACCAACACUUAUGUUUGGAACUGAACCUCAGCUUUUGUUUGUAUUCGAGUCUGAGUUUGUGCUCUUGGCUACAUUCAAUGAUAUUUGAAAGUAUAAGUUUGAAUCUGCUCAAUUUAUAUUGAAAUAUUGACCCUUUGCAUGCUGGGAAAUUUGUCGUCUGCUAAAAUGUUGUCUGCUGAAUUUCAAAAAUUAACAUUUUCUUCUAUUUUUUUUCAAAGAAUACUA